AAAGGGAUGAAGAGUCAGAUGCGUUUGGUUAUUAAUGAUGGUCAGUCAUUUUACAAGGUCUCGGUAGAUGCAGUUGACAUGUGUUUGCAAAUAUGUAAAAGAGCGUUGACCACUCAACAACAUUCAUAG